UUUAGUUUUCCAUUCUCAAUUAACUUAAAAAUUUGAAGAAAAAAUGGAUAUUAUAGGUCUUAGAUCAGGAAGCCAUUUUGGUCUUAAGCAAAUCAAAGUAACAGGGGAAAUGGAGGAGGGACGGAGUGUGAGUGGUGAGGAAGAGGAGCCCUUGAGUCCCAUGGCUUGUAUGUUUCAUGAGCCUGACUCUAACGUAUAUAUCAUUACCAUUGUGGGGUUUAAAAACCCCAUAGAGCCAAAUAGUUUCAAAGCAAACUUGGUGCAUACUUUGCUUAAGCAUCCUCGUUUCUCUAGCGUGCAGGUUGCAGAUGAGAACAAUGGAGGGGAGCUGAAAUGGGUUCAAACAGAGGUAGAGUUAGAGAAGCAUGUGAUAGUCCCCAAGGUGGAUGAAGAGAUGGCCUCCCAAGGAGCAGCAGAUAAAUUUAUUGAAGAAUACAUCGCCAACAUGAGCAAAACCAAGAUCAGCAUGUCCAUUCCCAUGUGGGAUUGCCAUAUUCUCAACCUCAAAACCUCUGAUGCUGAAUCCGUACUUGUUCUUCGAGUCCAUCACUCCUUGGGGGAUGGCACAUCUCUCAUGUCACUGCUAAUCUCUUGCUCUCGUAAACUAUCUGACCCUCUUGCAUUGCCAACUUUUCCAGCAAUGAAGAAGAAACCAAUGGCUACUACUACUUGGCUUUGCUUUUGGAUCAGACUUUGGUCCUUCUUCCUGUUGAUUUGGAACACAUUGGUUGAUGUGCUCGUGUGUGUCACAACAUUGUAUUUCUACAAAGAUACACUAACACCCCUCAAACCUCCUUCAAGGAGUGUUGCUUGUACUCCUGGGAGAAUCGUGCGUCGAACUUUCUCUUUGGAUGAUGUCAAAUCAGUGAAGAAUGCAACUAACACGACCGUCAAUGACGUCGUCCUAGCAAUCACUCAAGCAGGUAAAGCUAAGAGAAAUGAAGCUGGUAGAGAAUGGGAAGACAAUCUUCCCAACAAUAUUCGUGUCAGAGCCACUCUCUUUAUCAACUUGAGAUCAUCUCCUGGGAUUUAUGCCUUGGGUGAGAUGCUGAAGAAGAAUAGCAAGGCCCAGUGGGGCAACAAGAUUGGCUAUGUUCUCUUCCCUUUCACGAUCGCAUUGAAAGAUAAUCCGUUAGAUUACAUUCGUGAUGUCAAGGCGGCCAUGGAUAGAAAAAAGGCUUCUCUGGAAGCCAAGUUCAGACUGUUAAUGGCCACGGUUUUUGUGAGGUUUUAUCUUACUAGAUUGGCUAAAUUUCCCUCAACAACUAUGUGGUUCUCGAACGUGGCGGGACCUCAGGACGAGAUCACCAUAUUUGGCAAUCAAGUCGCCUACAUUGCCCCUUCUUUGUAUGGCCAACCAGUGGCACUGACAAUUCAUGUGGUUAGCUAUGCCAAGAAGAUGAAUAUGGUGUUAUCAGUCGAUGACAACAUUAUUCCUGACCCCUACCAGUUGUGUGAUGACCUUGAAGAGUCCCUCAAACUCAUCAAGAAAUCUGUCAUUUCCCAGCAAUUAAGAAUAAUGAAGGGCCACUUUCAGCUAGUACGGGCCAUAAGUUAGGAUGUGAUGUUAUGUGCAUGAACUGUAGCCAGUUCAGUUUGUUUUAGUUCUAACUAUUAAGAACUUGAGUGGUAAUGCUUUGUUUAAUACCAUGAAAAUAAGGA